AUGAGCACUCCGGGAAGCAGGGUGAUGACCAUCGGCCUCAUCGUCAUGCUGCUUUCUGUCAGCACGGGCAUGCACUUUGGCGGCUUCGGCUUACUCCUCUGCUUUGUGGGGGUCGUAGUCGGCGCCAACCUCGUCGUCGCCGGCGUCGGCACGGCCGAUAGACCCGCGCCCAAUCCCAUCGUUCCGGUGGUGUUCAGUGGAGCACGAUCUCUCGCGGCGUUUGUGUGCCGAAACACCGCCACCGUGGGGCUUGCCCUGGCUUCUUGUGCCGUCACGAUGGUCUCCGGCGAGGCACAUCUCGCGCUCUGCUUUGCCACGUUCGCCUUGCUCCUGCUCGGGGUCUCCCUUACCAGCAUCGGAGCUCGUGGUGAAUAA